CAGUUAUCCGCACAAUGUUGUGCGAAUAUUCACUUUCGUCUGCUUGCUUGGUUUGGUUUGUCAACUAAAGAUAAGAAGAGAAAACUAUAGUUUCUGAUUACAUCAAAAAAUAAGGGCAAACAAGAUGCAAUCAUUUACACUUAAGUCGCGGUCGAAAUUCUGGCCUAAAUGUCCAUUAGACUGGGGAGUGUUUACGGUGACUUUAGUGCUCAUGCCGACUAUUUACAUGCAUGAAAUGUUUACCGUGCGGCCAACUGUGUGGAGAAACGCACCAUUUUUUUCUAACUUUGUAAUUUAUGGAGGUCUUUUUGUGUUUUUGAAUAUCGUGGCGAACUUUGUUGGUUUGGUAGUUACUGACACUCGAGUUCCUGAUAAAGUUAUGUCAACAGUGAAACAGUCACCGCACUGGAAGUACUGUGACUUGUGCAUCAGUUACGUCCCACCACGAGCAUGGCAUUGCAAAGUUUGCAAAGUGUGUAUUUUGAAGAGAGAUCAUCACUGCUUGUUUGCAGGUUGUUGUGUUGGACAUUUUAACAGUCGCUUUUUCAUCAUGUAUCUGGUCUACGUAUGUAUCGGUACACUUUAUUGUGUUAUAAGUGACUCCAUAUUUUUGAUAAACAAAGUUGAUUUACGAUUUCCCUCUGUAGUGUUAAAAAUAGGCUUUCCUGCUUUUGCGUAUCUUUCUGGCGUGGAGACGUUUACAAAUGAAUGUUUUAUUUUGUUAUUUAUCAUCAAUUUGGCAGCAUUUAUCUUUGUUUGUGUAUUAUUACGGUUUCAUGUUCGAAUUAUUUUGAAUGGACAGGUCACAUAUGAUGUUAAGUCAUCUAGCUCCAAUUAUGACUAUGGCAAAAUGGAAAAUGUCAAGGAAGUUUUGGGGUGUCGAUGGUAUGUUGCCUGGGCAUUCCCUCUUGUUUCUUCUCCCCUCCCAAGGAGUGGUUUAGAGUGGGAUACUUCAGAAGAGUGGAAGCUCAAGCGUCAAAGAGUUACUGAGAAAAGUAAAUAGAUCAAUUUCUAUCCAGUGAUACUGUUGUUCUUCUAGCUCAAUCUUUCAAUUUUUCUGAUGUUGCUAUUAAUGGCAAAACUUGCUCAAACUUUACUUUUUAAGUUGACCAUUUUGCUGCUGCCUAUACUGAUUCCUGUAUUUUGUAUUAUUUUUAUGCAAGUUCUAUGUGAUUCCAUUUUACAAUGUAUUUUACUCAAGUUUGUUGUGUGAACAUUUCCAAUUAUAGUAUUAUUGUUACGGCUGUGCCAGCACACCUUGUACUUAAUAAAAAUACCAAUAAAAUAAUCUACACUUAAGUAUUAUCAAAA